AUGGAUGACUCUUGCGCAACUAAUCCUCACCACGAAACCCUCGCCAACGGCACUUCGACAUCAGAUCGAAAGCAUCCAUCCUCAGCCACCAAGCUCGCACCCUCAGAGACACCACCUCAGCCAACGGCGCUCCAACAACACGUCUCGUUCUGGGACAGGGACAAUGAUGGUAUUAUCCACCCGUGGGACGUCUAUACCGGGUUUCGCGAACUUGGCUUCAACAUCCCCUUCUCCAUCGGCUCCCUUCUAAUCCCAAUCUUCUUCUCGUACCCGACGAGCUUGGCUUAUAGCUGGUUCCCGGACCCGUUGCUCCGAAUCUACGUGGACAGCGGGCACAAAGCCAAGCACGGAUCCGACACUGGGGUGUUCGAUGUUGAUGGUCAUUUCCACGCCGACAGGUUCGAUGCCAUGUUUGAACGGUGGGACGCUGAUCGAUGUGGCGGACUGAGUGCCGACCAGAUGUGGGCCAUGUGGAAGAAGAACCGUCUUGCAGCCGAUGUGGCGGGCUGGUGUUUCGCCUUUAUGGAGCUGUGGACCACGUGGUUGUUAUUGCAAAAGGACGGAAGGGUAUGGAAGGAGGACCUGAGGGCGUGCUACGACGGGACGCUGUUCUGGAAGAUUAGCGAGCUGGUGCAAAAGGGGGAAUGGGAUCAGGGCUACGGCAUCCGGGAUUUCUUUGAUGGGAUGCUUAAAGGUGGCACUUGGAGGAACUGGGAGCUCAAGGAUCGAGGCGAUGGCAAUACGAGGAGUAGCAAUAGCCCCCCUAAAAAGAAGUAG